AUGGGCUUGUACGCGGACGACACGCACUCGGACUCGAACUCGGAGAACUUGAUCUCCAAGGUGGUGACGUCGUCGGACGGCAACUACGUGUACCUGGGCAACAAGAAGUUUGCGCGGGACGACUUGAUCCAGGCGUUUGGUGGUACGCUUAACCCGGGGUUGGCCACUCCGUCGGCACACAAGUUUGCCAACCCGGCGCCGCUCGGGCUCUGUGCGUUUGCCUUGACGACGUUUGUGCUUUCGCUCAUCAACGCGGGCGCCAUGGGCGUCAAGAACGACUCCAUUGUCGUGGGCUUGGCCAUCUUCUACGGCGGCUUUGUGCAGUUGUUGGCCGGGAUGUGGGAGAUGGCGCUCGAAAACACGUUUGGUGCCCUUGCCUUGAGCUCCUACGGCGGCUUCUGGAUGUCCUUCGGCGCCAUCACCAUCCCCUGGUUCAACAUUGCCGCCUCCUACGAGGACCCGGUCGAGUUGAACAACGGCAUUGGCUUCUACUUGAUUGGCUGGUCCAUCUUCACCUUCAUGUUGACGCUCUGCACCAUGAAGUCCACCUUGGCCUUCUUCUCCUUGUUCUUCCUCCUCGCCAUCACCUUCUUGUUGCUCGGCAUUGGCAAGUUGGGCGACUCCCACGGCUGCACCGUCGCCGGCGGCGUCCUCGGCGUCAUUGUCGCCUUCAUAGCCUGGUACAACGCCUACGCCGGUGUGGCCAACAGACAGAACGCCUACGUCCGUGUCCACGCCGUGCAGUUGCCCGUCUUGGAGAGCAGAAACUGA